CAGAGAUUCAGAAUACGGAGAACGAACGCGCAGCUCACAUUGAGAAAUAGCAAUACAGGCGCAAGCUAACCAAACCAAGACGACGCGUAACCAAAGACCGACUAUGCUAGACUCUAUUUUGAACCGCUUCUUCGGCCCCGGCAGCACGCCCGACAAGACUAACAGUACAUCCGACAAACCCGGCGAGCAAGUAUCCCAGGAAACGGCAUUUACACGCGAGGCAGAUGUGGAAGGCUGGGUCUUUCUUGCAGAGGAGAGACGCCCGGAAUCAGGCUCCAAGACGCGCAGCUAUGCUGACGUGGUGGUGACCGGCAGAUCAUGAGAAGCGAACCAAGCGCGCUCCAUUUAAUUAAAUCCCAACAGAAUGAUCCGAGACCGGAUUCUCACAAGACUGGCGGCACAACAGGUGUGACCCCGACACUACAACAACAAGAACAAACGACAAACACUUUUCUUCUUUCGUAGAUGCUUCUCCAUCGCAACGAACUCAAGUACUUCGAAGUAAACAAAUAAUUCCAAACUGAAAAGGUGUAGAUGGAUUCACCACAAACACCC